UACAAGAUGCUGAUUCUGAUCUAGGCUAAGUAUGCUAAUUAAGUUUACUUUUAGAAACCCUGCUAAAGAAGACACUAAUGCUUACUCUGGCAAAUACACAUGAGAAAUAAUAUGAAGGAAGAAGCUCCCAGUCUUCCUCUGUCAUCCCUGCGUCUUCACGUCCCUCCACUGCGGCUGGUGUCGGCCGCUCUGUGGCAAGUCGUCCAGCGGAGAGACAUUAUGGACUACGGCUUGGUGGAGGAGUUUGUCAGCACCGUCUUCCAGGUAGUCCCUGAUCUGAUGAGUUACAGAGAGCGAGUGCAACUCAUCAUGGGGCUUCGAGCACAGCUGGUUCUGGAGUUGUUUUGUAAAGGUGACCUAGCCGAGCCAGACACAGUUCAGCCCCACCUGAACAGGCUGAGUUCCGGUAUCAUCACUCUUAGGGAAAAUGAGGUUCCUGAUCCAGAGGUGGAGGUAUCAGAAUCUAACUUCCAGAAGCUGAUUCAAACCCUACUAGAGGACCCAGUUGAGAGGGAAAACUUUUUCCAGAAUGUUUUUCCAGAGGAAUUUGGUCCCAAGUUCGACUCCGCACUACAGACUCUGGUGUGGGAGUUUCUAUCUAGGUUGGAGAAGCUGCUUCCAACACCAACCUUUCAACAGACUGCAUCUUGGAUCUCUGCGGACCACUCUAUCCUAGAGGAGUGUGUGCAGUCAGUCUGUAACCCUGAACCCUUGAAGACCCUUCUCCAGUACCACAACAGCAGAUAUGAAUAUGUCUACACCAACGCUCUGUCCUCCCUUGACAACUACAUCCUCUCAUCGCUGUCUCUCUCCCCCCUAAAGAAGGCUCAGAUCAUUCCAAACCCAACCGAACCAGAAAUGAAAUCAGAACUUACAGAGGACCUGUUGCCAUGCGACCGUAUGAACAUUCCAAGCCCAGCCUCAUCUGACCCGACUGAAAUGCGUUGUUUGUUUGGGUCUGACUGUGUGAGGACCGGAGUAGAGAUGCAGAAGGGUUCUUAUUCGUCUCCUUCCUGUCUGCUCCGUCAGCCGACAUUGUUGCUGCACAGACUUGAUCUUACCCGUAUGCCGUUCCCUGUAUACUCCCCAGUUCUGAGUCCAACGCUGAAUAGCAAGGGGCUUCAGAUUGGAAAUGUGGGAUCCCAACUACGAAGAGGCAGACUGGUCAUAUCCUCAGUGUGUGGGGGUGUCAAUGGACAGCCACCUACAGAGAAUGAACUAGACCGUUUAACCUCAAACGGUGAAGCUUCCAAGAAAAAGAAAGCUAGGAAAGGUAGAGCAUUUCAGGAAGAGAAACUACAACACCCCAUAAAGGACUUACACUCGGAGGAGAACAUUGGACAAAACAGAAAACCAGCAGAAGAUUUGAUUGCAAACAUGAGAUCACACACGGAUCCAAGUUGUUACCAGUGUUUAGAAAGGUUUGAAGAUCAGGAGGACUUCCAGAAACCUCAGCAGACUGGGUGUGAGGAGCCAGCUGAACCAGAAGAGGACAACAUGUCAACAGAAUCUGUUGAGGAAGACAUCAUGUCUUUCAAGGAUGAGAUGAAGCCAUCGCAACCCCAAGGAUUUUCACCCCGGAGUUCAACAAAAAUCUCUCCCACGCCUUUAACAUUUUCCAAAAACACGAUCUGUCGUGUGUGUCACAAAACCUUCAAUAGUAAAUAUUUAAUGAGAAAACACCUGAAAUCCGAACACGGCCAGCUCCCUUACCAGUGCUAUGGCUGUGCAGACAUUUUCAGGACUAUGGUUCAUUUCAGGGAACAUAAGGCAGAGUGCAAACCCUCUCCAUUCUCCAAAGCUAGACAGUGUUGUUUUUGUAACAAGACUUUCUACAGUUCAUACUUAAUGAGAAAGCACCUCAAAUCACAACAUGAUCAACUUCCUUACCAGUGUCCUGGAUGUGGGGGACAGUUCAAAACCAAGUUUAAUUUGAAUGAACAUAAAAAAGAGUGCUUGGUGGCUAAGAGUCUUUUCUCUUGUGCUCAGUGCGACAAAACGUUUAUCAAAGCAAGCUAUUUAACAAAACACACUAGAUCUCACACCAACCCCUGUACCCAGUGUUUGCAAAGCUUUGAACAUCAAGAGGAUUUACAGAAACAUUUACAGAAUGUGCUUGAGGAGGCUUCUCAAUUAAAUGAGGACGACGCAGCGAUUCUCUCUUUUGAAGACGUGCGAGAGACAUCACGGCCUCGUGACACUUCCAAUGUCCUUCCCACUCGAAAAGAGUCUUCCAAAGCCAGAACCUGCCGGCUGUGUCACACAACAUUGAAAAGUGUACAUUUAAUGAAAAUGCACCUGAAUUCCAAACAUAGCCAGCACCCAUACCAGUGCCUCCUGUGUGAGAAAAACUUCAGGAAGAAGUCUAAUUUGAAAGAACAUUUGGAAGCAUGCCAUAAACCAACUCCCAAACACUGGAAUAAACCCAGGACGUGUCGUGCAUGUCAAAAGACUUUGGCCAGUGUACAUUUAUUAAGAAAGCACCUUGAAUCUGAGCACAAUCUUCUCCUCUACCAGUGUGUCGGUUGCGGAGAAAAUUUCAAGAGAAAAUCUUGCUUGCUGGAACACAAAAAUGUUUGCUCGCUGGCAAAGACAAUCCACUCUUGUUGUGAGUGCGGUGAGACUUUUAAGCUCUCUAAGCUUAAGGCUUGUUACCAGGUGCAGCCACAUCAGAGUCCUAGGGAGGGUCAACAAGACACCGGUCCAAUUGGGGAAAAUACGAUGGAGUCCUGUAACACUACACCUCGUAACCUAGCAACACCCCCUAACAUAGGUAAGACGUGUAUUUUGUGUUAUCAAACAUUUGAAAAUGGAGAGGACCUGAGAAAUCAUCUGAAAUGUCAACACGAUACACGUCCUUACCCGUUCCCCGAUUGUGGUGAGACAUUUCAAAGCAAGUCUGAACUUCAGAAACAUUCUGACGUUCACUUGGGGUCCAGAAAGUGUCCGACGUGUGUUACACGUGUGGCUCCUCAAUCUACACCAGAGCAUGUUGAAAGACGACAGCAGGACUCGAGGGAGUCGAAUGGGGUAGUCAGUCCAAAUACGACGUUAAUGGAUGUUAAUCCAUCAGAUGACAGCGUCUCUCUGACGUCAAGGGAACAUGAAACCGAAAGACCUCAGCCUUUAAACUAUCUAUGUGAAACAUGUGGUAAAAUCUUCCCAUCUCUGUACCAAUUGAAAAGACAUUUGCGAGUACACACAGGUGAGCAGCCUUUUCCUUGCACGGACUGUGGCAAACGUUUUACUUGCAAGGGCAGUCUGAAAAACCAUCGACGCCUUCAUACAGGAGAGCGGCCAUUUGCAUGCACUUUGUGUCAAGAACACUUUGUCACAAAUAAUCACCUAAAAAGACACAUGUUUGUUCACACGAGGGUGAAGCCUUUUCAGUGUUUAGCUUGUGGGAAGACUUUCAAAACGAAACAAGGCUGGAGAAGACAUCAGUUUCAGCAUUGUGACCACUCUAAAGCAAGUUGCAUCGAAAAGGACUUACAGGGACAACAGCAGACUGGGUGUGAGGAGGCGGCUCAACCCUAAACCAAUGUCUUGGCUGUUUCAGGGAACAUGCCAUUUGUGUAACAAAAUUUGUGAUAGUCCAUAUUUGACAAGAAAACACUUAAAAUCCUAACGUGAUUAACUCACUUGCAAGUGCUGUGAUUGGGGGAAAAACAUUUAAGAACAGAAGCGUUCAAUUUGCAGUGGUCUCUUAAUCUUAACCCUUCUGUUCCUCAUUCAAACCCUUCCUUUUUGACUUUUGUUGGAAAGGAAAGGAAAAGGUGCAGUGGUUUCUUAAUUGUUUCCAGAGCUGUAUUUGUUUAUGAAAGAACAAGAAAAAUUGUUACAGGGUUUACCUUGAACCUUACAUAACUUACAAUAAAAUAGUAACCAUUACCCAAAAAUAGCUUUUCAGUGACUGACAAACAUGAUGUGCAACAAGCUAAAAUUGAGAGUUUCUGAGAUGAACGAAGAAUGAACUUAAUGAAAACACAUGGGUUAGUUAAGAGCAGAGAUGUAUGAGAUUCAUCCUUUAAAUUGAGUAUUACUGAGUCAUAUUGAAGGCACGAUUUGUAUAACUAUUUGUUACAUGAGUUGGUUGACACUUAAAAGGAGAACGUGAAUGCAUAAACAUAUAUUUAUUUUAUAAAUAAUCUAAUAUACAGGAUGUUUUUCUUUUCUGACCGCAAAUGUUCGUUGCAUUGAUGGUGCAGAGUUCCCAUUUGCGCAUGCACAAUGUCAAUAUAUUUCACUCCACAUGGUGGCGUUAUAUGACAAGAAACAUCCAAAUAAUUCCAUUCAGUCCCGUUCAUCUACUGUUUACACAAGUCCAUUUUUCUGUUUAAAAAUACCUCAUUCUUUUCUUUAUCAGUAUAGAGCAAUUGAUGUGAUUCAUUUUGGUCGUUCUUAAUGUUGGUACAGAAUUACAUUGUUCGUAAUGAUGUUACAAUAUCUAAAACACACCUUCUAGACAACCUUGUGCACUAGGCGGUGUUCUAAGGGAACAUGAUGGCAAAGGGUGAAAUGAAGAUAAGCAUUUCUUGUUGAGAAUGUUUGGACUGCUUUCUUCUGAUCGGUGCCUACUGAACAUGAACCUAGAGUUCGAGCCACCUGCGAGCCUUGUCUAGAUACUGAGGUGAAUAUUCGAUUUGAUAUUCGAUAUUGGAUAUUAACCCUUGUGCGCCCCUCAAAUGUACUACCCUUUGGACACCUUCGUGGACAAAAAUGCAAACGUACA